CUGUAUGCUGCCCUGAGACAACAAUGACCACCAAGGCUGAAAGCAUCCACGAAGAAGAGAUGUCAAACAUGGAAGAAGGUGAAAGUGUAACCAAUUGCAUGCAAUUAUGUUGUUCAUCAAACUAUGUGGUAACCUUGGCACAGAAGGUGAUUGCGGAAGCAAUAGGGACAUAUUUUGUGGUAUUUGCUGGGUGUGGUGCUGUAGCAGUGAAUAAGAUAUAUGGCUCUGUCACGUUUCCAGGCAUUGCCAUAACAUGGGGUAUGAUUGUUAUGGUCAUGGUUUAUUCUGUUGGUCAUGUCUCUGGAGCUCACUUCAACCCUGCUGUUACAAUCACUUGUGCCAUCUUUCGCCGAAUCCCUCUUAAAGAGGUGCCACUGUACAUUGUAGCUCAAUUAGUGGGAUCUUUGCUAGCUAGUGGCACAUUGGUCCUCCUUCUUGAUAUUACACCAAAGGCUUAUUUUGGAACCGUACCAGCUGGAUCCACCAGCCAGGCCUUGGUUGCCGAAAUCAUCAUCACCUUUCUCUUGAUGUUUGUCAUCUCUGCCGUUUCCACGGAUGAUAGAGCGGUAGGUCACUUGAAUGGAGUUGCAGUUGGAAUGACCAUAAUGUUGAAUGUCUUCGUUGCAGGGCCAGUGUCAGGAGCUUCGAUGAACCCAGCAAGAAGUAUUGGUCCUGCUCUUGUGAAACAUGUUUACAAAGGGUUAUGGGCAUACAUAGUUGGUCCAAUUGUUGGAGCCAUAGCAGGAGCAUUUAUUUAUAACUUUCUUAGAGCCAUAGACAAACCAAAAAGGAGAGAAGAGAUAGGCAAUUCUUAAGUAGCAGACUAGCAAUGGAAGAGUCAUAGUUAAAUCAGCAUUGCUAAAUUAUUAUUUUUCUUUUUAACUUUUAGGUAGGACAUGAAUUAAUUUACUGCUAGUAACCUUUAUGCAGUAUAUUAGUAGAUAUGUGGCCUAUUGUUACUUGAAUGCAAUAAUAUUAUAAUCUAGAUAUCUUUGACAUUUUAAUCGAAUUGUUUCGUUAAGAUUA